GGCUAACUUGUCAAUUUCUGCUAUGCACUCUAAACCUCUAUUUCCACUUCCUAUAUAAGGCCACGCCCACUCUCCUUCCUUGCAUCAACCUCUCAGCACUCAAUCUUCGCUCUUCCAAUCUUUGUCUCAGACUUCUCUCUCUCUUUCUCACACACAAUGGCUAUUCCAGCAAUCUCCAUUGCUUCUCUUCUUUUCUUGUUCUUCAAUUUGUGCCUUCGAGGCAUCUAUGGUGACUAUGGAGGGUGGGAAAGUGCUCAUGCUACUUUCUAUGGUGGGGGAGAUGCAUCCGGGACAAUGGGGGGUGCAUGUGGGUAUGGCAAUUUGUACAGCCAAGGCUAUGGGACCAACACUGCAGCACUAAGCACUGCUUUAUUCAACAAUGGCUUGAGCUGUGGAUCGUGCUAUGAGAUGAAGUGUAAUGAUGACCCGAAAUGGUGUCUCCCGGGCACCAUUACUGUCACUGCCACAAACUUCUGCCCUCCAAACCCUGCCCAGCCAAGUGACAAUGGUGGCUGGUGCAAUCCACCCCGCCAGCACUUUGACAUGGCUGAGCCUGCGUUCCUGCAAAUUGCUCAAUACCGAGCUGGAAUUGUUCCUGUUUCCUUUCGAAGGGUGCCCUGUGUGAAGAAAGGAGGAAUAAGGUUUACAAUCAAUGGUCACUCCUAUUUCAACUUGGUCCUGAUCACCAAUGUCGGCGGUGCAGGGGAUGUCCAUUCAGUGUCCAUCAAGGGGUCUAAAACAGGGUGGCAACCCAUGUCAAGGAACUGGGGCCAAAACUGGCAGAGCAAUUCGUACCUCAAUGGCCAGUCUCUCUCUUUUCAGGUCACCACCAGUGAUGGAAGGACUGUAACCAGCAACAACGUCGUCCCGGCCAAUUGGCAGUUUGGGCAAACAUUCUCUGGGGGUCAAUUUUAAGCUUCUAAGACAAUCAAACGUGUUGAAAUUUGUAUAUGGUAUUUGAAAGUUGGACAGGGAGUGGCUUGGGGACUGUGGUUGGCUCUGUAGCUGUGGUUGCUAGUUAGCACCCGCUUAGACCUAUAUAAUAUGUAGCAGUGAUUUGCAUCAAACACAAAAAUAUUUGGGGUUGGUAUAACCGACUCUAAAUACUUAGGAUAGGAAAUUGUUGAGUUGAGUCGAGAUAUUUGGUUGGUAGGCCAUAAAUAAAGGCCACAAGAAUAUCAUAUAAGGUCUGCAAAUUUAACCUCCAGGUUGGGACAGCUUCAUGUAACUGAAGUACACUUUUAUCUAUUGAAUGUUUUUUUUCUAACUAAGAAUUUUUGUAUUUUACGUAGUAACUUCAAACACGAUUAUUUGAUAGUAAAUCUAUAAUGAAAAGAUAAAAGCGGUUG